AUGAAAAGAAAGGCCAUGAGUUGUGACAACCGAGAUGCUGUGAACAGAGGUGCUUGGUCAGCUGAGGAAGACCAAAUCCUUAUCAACUACGUUCAAGCCCAUGGAGAAGGAAAUUGGAGAGAGCUUUCCAAAAGAGCUGGUUUAAAACGACGUGGGAAGAGUUGCAGACUCAGAUGGUUGAACUAUCUCAAGCCAGAUAUCAAGAGAGGAAACAUUUCUUCGGAUGAAGAAGAUCUCAUCAUCAGGCUUCAUAGCCUCUUAGGCAAUAGGUGGUCUCUUAUUGCGGGACGAUUACCUGGGCGAACAGAUAAUGAAAUCAAGAACUAUUGGAAUACUUAUUUGAGAAAGAAGGUUGAGCAAAAUCACAACUAUAACAGUAAUCUUCCUGGUCAUGAUAACAUUCCUAUCAAAUUAAGAAUUGAAUCUCCACGGCGCUCAAAAAAUUCAUUGGGUAUUGUUAUUGAUCCUACAAAAUCCUCUCACCCAAUGACGAUUAAAUCAAUGAGGUGCACCGAGGUUAUGAUGCCAACGCGAUCCGUCAAUGAUUUUACAACAAGUUGGGAUAUAAACCCUUCUGCAUCUACCCCACAAGAUGGCCAUGAUCAUUGCUCAGAAGGUUUCCUCAAACACUUUGGUAUUAGUGACGUAUUAAUGCCAUACGAGGAUUGCCGUUUUAAUGGAUAUGCUUGCGUCGAAAUACCCCAACAUUUUGGAGAGGAAGGCUACAAGGUUAAUGAUGCGAUAGGUGAAACACAGUAUGGGAAUUGGAAGACUGAGGACUACUUUCCACUAGACUAUGAUGUAGGUUUUUAUUUUAAAAGUUGA